UCCAACAUCAUUUCUCAAUGGCUACCAUCGAAAAUGAAGUAGUCACAGAUCUUUUUCCAUUCAUGCGAGCCUACAAAGAUGGCACCGUUGAGCGCAUAACAGACACCCCAUUUGUCGAACCAUCUCCAGAAAACAACCAAGGCGUCUGUUCCAAAGACAUCACAAUCUCCCCUGCUGUCUCGGCUCGAAUCUACCUCCCAAACCAAGCCUUGUCUUCUAACAACUUCAAGAAUAAACUGCCCGUCUUAGUAUACUACCAUGGUGGCGCCUUUUGUUACGAAUCAGCCUUUGGAGCACUCUAUCACAAUUACAUAAACACAAUCGUCUCAAAGUCGCAAAAUUUGAUUGUUGUAUCUGUUGAAUACAGGUUAUCCCCAGAAAACCCUUUACCAGCGGCUUAUGAAGAUUCAUGGGCUGCUCUGAAUUGGGUUACUUCUCAUGGUAAUCAACAAACACAACCCGAAAACAAAGAUCAAUGGAUAGUCCAGUAUGCCAAUUUUGAAAAACUUUACUUAGGUGGAGAUAGUUCUGGUGGUAACAUUGCUUACAAUAUGGCAAUACGAGCUGGGCUCGAAAAGCUUAAAGGUGAUGUCAACAUCCUUGGAGGGUUUUUGUCACAUCCAUAUUUCUGGGGUUCGAAAGCUAUUCGUUCUGAAGUGACUGAAAACCGGGAGAAGACUUGGUUGUCGAGGAUUUGGAGAGCGGUGUAUCCUAACGCACCCGGUGGUGAGGAUAACCCGUGGGUUAACCCGUCGGCUGAGGGUGCACCCGCGAUUUCCGGGUUGGGUUUUAAGAGGAUGCUGGUGGUGGUUGCGGAGAAAGAUGAGACUAGAGAUAGAGGUGUCGAGUUUGUUGAAUUUGUGAAGAAUAGUGAGUGGGAUGGAGUGGUCGAGUUGGUCGAAUAUGAAGGUGAAGGACAUUGUUUCAACCUUGACAAUCCUGAAUCUGAUAAUUCAAAGGACUUCAUCAAUCGUUUGGUUUCGUUCAUCCGUUAAAUACUAUCGCAAAAAUUAAAUCAUUUCAUCUUAAUUUAGCGGUAGUUGUGUGACUUGUUUUAUUAAAUCAUUUCAUCUUAAUUAAAUCAUUGUUCUAUCUGAUCAUUUCCUAAA